CAUUUUUCCGCUCCCGAUCGAAUUCUCCUCCUCCUCCCCCCUCAUUGCAAAUUCCCCUCGAGGAAGGAAACGUAACAACGUAAUCGGAGGGUUGAUUUUGAAGGCAGAGGAAGUAAGUUAUGGGGGAUCAUCUGGUGAGAGCGGAGGAAUUCGAGAAGAAAGCAGAGAAGAAGCUAAACGGAUGGGGAAUAUUCGGAUCUAAACACGAAGAUGCUGCUGAUCUCCUCGAGAAAGCUGCUAAUUCCUAUAAACUCGCCAAAUCAUGGGAUCUAGCUGGAAAGGCUUAUAUUAAAGUUGCAGACUGUCACUUGAAGUCGGACAGCAAACAUGAUGCGGCUAAUGCUUAUGCGGAAGCUGCUAAGUGCUACAAGAAAGUUGACACUAAUGAGGCUGCAUCUUGUCUAGAGCGAGCAGUGAAUAUAUUCUGCGAGAUUGGAAGGCUUAACAUGGCUGCCAGAUACUACAAGGAAAUUGCUGAGUAUUAUGAAGCAGACCAGAAGAUAGACCAGGCUAUUGAUUACUUUGAAAAGGCAGCUGAGUUCUUUCAAAAUGAAGAAGUGACCACUUCUGCUAACCAGUGCAAUCUUAAGGUGGCACAAUAUGCUUCCCAGUUGGAGCAAUAUGAGAAGGCAAUCAAGAUUUAUGAAGACAUAGCACGCCAUUCACUUGGGAAUAACUUGCUUAAGUAUGGAGUUAAGGGCCAUCUUCUCAAUGCUGGCAUGUGCCACCUUUGCAAAGCUGAUGUUGUUUCCAUCACCAAUGCUCUCGAGAAAUAUCAGGAUCUGGAUCCAACUUUUACAGGAACACGAGAAUGCAAAUUCUUAUCGGACCUUGCUUCUGCAAUCGAUGAAGAAGACAUCGCAAAGUUCACAGACGUUGUCAAGGAAUUUGAUAGCAUGACUCCUCUGGACUCAUGGAAGACAACUAUGUUGUUGAGGGUGAAGGAGAAGCUGAAGGCAAAGGAGCUUGAAGAGGAUGAUCUUACCUAAUCAUAUCUUAUAUCCAUCCAUCCAAAUUUCAUUGCUGGUGUGUAAUUCAUCAUUUGUGUUCGUACUACUUCAUGUUUCACCCUUGGUUGAUUUUAUUGUCUCUGGUCUAUGAGUUUUUAAGGUUUCUUUUAAGAGGUUUGGUCAAAAAACGGGUUUGUUUGAUAUCACGACUACAUUUGUUACGUCUCUCAUCACUUCCAUCUAUGUCAGCUACUUGGUGAUUUGAUUUGUGUACAUCUAAUAAGAUUUGUUUUCAUGAAAAAAAUUCAAAUAAGUUUU